AUGUUCGGAAACCUCUUCCACACGACGGCGCUGCUGUUAGUCGCGGCGGCCCAGACAGCUGCCGCGCAACGCGGCGACGCCAGCAUCUGCGACUACUACGCCAAAGAAAACUACGGCGACGACAGCAUGGAAAGCCAGUUGAAGCUCAUGACCGGCAUCGUCGCGUUUGCGUAUGCUGGCGGAGAUGAUCUGGACGGUGCCGACAAGAACAGCUCAGGCAUCUUCAAGGUUGGCUCGAUUGGCAACGAUGUCGUCUACCUGCGCCCAUAUUUCGACGGGACCAUGAACACGACGAAUCUCAACGAUCAAGCUGUAGCGCUUAACUGGCUCGACGGCGGCGGCGUAGCACCAUUACAAGCCUUCAUCAACGGCACAACCAACACGGCCGACAUUAAAAAAGGAACCAACCAAUAUACCCUCUUUACGCAUUGGACGCUCAUGCCGGCCUACGUCCACAAGUACAUGGACCUCAACAAGCCCAAGAUUGCAUACUUUAUCCGUCAAAUCACCCUGGCCAGCAAGUUCUACGGCUUUUCGGACGCGGACGCCAGCAGUCUCGAGCUGUACAUGAACAAUCGCUACAACAACCAGUGUGCGCCCGCCGAGCUCAACAUGCUCAACUCCAUCUGCUUCGCCAAGGAUUGUCCACACGCGCUCCCCAAAGCCGACUGCAACGCCUACAGCACGAUCAAGCCCUACGGCGUCGACGACAAUUACUCACAAACGCCCACGCCCAGCGCAACAGGGACUUCGUCCACAAGCAGCAGCAGCGCUGCCAAGUCUGACCUUGGCGGCGGCGCCAUUGCUGGCAUCGUCGUCGGCGCGCUGGCCGGUGUUGGCCUCGUCAUCGGCGCUCUCUGGUUCUUCUUCAAGAAGAAGGGCGACAAGAGCAACCUCGCCAACCGCCCCGAGAGCACCGCCCCAUCACACACCACCGGCGGCUACCACAAUUCGUCCAUGUACUCGCCCGCCAUGACGCAGAGCCACUACGACAUGACCGGCCAGUACGAUAUCAACGGCCAGGCGCACUACGACCCGAACCGCCAGAGCCAGUUCUCAUACUUCCCCGGCGGCCAGGAGUCGUACACGGGCACCAACAGCCCGGCACCGCGGGGCUGGUCCGCUCAGAUGCCGCCGCAGGAGUUGCACGCGACGGAGAUUGGCAGCACCCCCACAUCGCCGAGUCCGCAGGCCGCAGCCGACGCGCAUGUCAAGUCCGAGUACAAGCCAGACGUGCGGCAGCUGAUAGAGAUGGAGAGUCCGCACCCGGCGCUCGAUCACAGUUGGACCCCAUCAACACCCCGUGAGGAAAGGGAGGAGUCCACAGCACCAAGGCCGGAGUCAAAUACGAACCACCACCAAUAA